UUCCGAGAAGAUCUGUUGUAGUCCAUGGCGAAAAUAGCUAGAUUGCGUGCGAUUGAGCUGGUGCUCGGAAUUCUCGCUUUAUCGCUUCGGGUUCAGAAUGCAUCGGCUGAACCGAAAGUACUUUGCUAUUAUGACGGUGAAGCAGCGAUAAGAAAAGAUGCUCUCGCAGGUAAAGUGACCUUAGAUGACAUUGGGGCGGCAUUACCAUUCUGUACCCAUCUGCUUUACGGCUACGCUGGAAUUGACCCCAACACCCAUCGUAUACGCGCACUCAACGAAGAUCUUGAUCUGGACUCUGGUAAAGGCCAUUUCCGACUUGCAACGGAGCUGAAAAACAAAUUUCCGGGACUUAAGGUCUUCCUGAGUAUCGGUGCCUACUACGAUUUGAAUGAGGAAAAUCAUUCGCUAAAGUAUCUGUCACUUCUGGAAUCUGACGCGACAAGGGCAACGUUCAUUGAGAGCGCGCGUACCCUGCUGAAGACAUACAAAUUUGACGGUCUUGACUUGGCCUGGCAGCUGCCACAAUCGAACCCGAAACCAUUUACUGACAGCAUUGUUGAUGAAAAUGCAGCAGAACAUCGUGAGGGGUUAACUUCUUUGGUUCGUGACAUGAAGAAAGCUUUCGAGGAGGACGAUCUCGGAUUGGGCUACACGCAAACCUCGCAUGUCAAUGAAAGCAUUUUCCUGGACAUAGCUUCGUUAAAGGAUAUUGUGGAGUACGUUAGCAUUAACGCUUUCGAUCAGCAAAUUCCGCAACGCAAUCCCGAUGAGGCCGACUACCUAACGCCGCUCUACGAGCCGCCCGGGCGGGUCAAAGGCAACAAUGUGGAUGCAAAAGUGAAAGCGUGGAGCUCAGCGGGAACGCCACUCGAUAAGAUUAUCGUCGGCAUCCCCACAUACGCUCGUGGGUGGAAGUUGGUGAAGGAAUCGGACCCAAGCGGACGUCCUCCCAUUCGUGCUGAUGGCGCUUCGUCAGUCCGAUCACAUUCGACCUAUACCGGGUACUACAGCUACGGCGAGGUGUGUGGCAUGCUCUCAAACUCCAGCGCAGGAAACCUUAGCCCGUUACGCACCGUUAACGAUGAUUCAACGAAACGUUUCGGCCCUUAUGCCUUCCGUCUUCCGGAUGAGAACGGAGAGCAAGGCAUUUGGUUAACGUACGAGGACCCCGAGAGUGCUGGCAAUAAGGCAGCGUAUGUGAAGGAGCAUGGGCUCGGAGGAAUUGCAGUUAACGAUCUGGUGGAUGAUGACUUUUCUGGCACGUGUACCGGCGACAAGUUCCCCAUUACGCGUGCAGUCAAGCACAGGCUUGCAGGUUGAUGCAAAUUUGCAGUCCGUCACAGCGAUUCUGUUCGCUUUUAUAACGAAGCUUGUCCAGGCAUUAAACAAAAAUAAUUUACUCUGGCAUUGCUUACCAUACCAUUGUGAAAAAAAAAUCCGUUUUUGCUAGAUGCACAGACAUUUGAUUGAAAUCUCACAAAAGUAAAUGGUAAAAGUAGAAGAAAUAUAAAAAAGCUCUGUAUAACGAAAGACCAAAAAAUAACUUCGGCUA